CAGCGAAAUUUAGAGCAGAUAGUUUCACUUUUAAUCACGUUUCUUCAACAGGACAGUGCUGUCGGAACGGGACAUGCUGUCUAACGCAUGUCGCUACUUCUAAUAGAGCUGGAGAGAAAAUAGGAAUCCAAAUUAGUUUGUCUGAAAUAUACGCGCGGAAGAGAGUGAGAAAGACUUAAGCUGCAGUGAUUUCAUUUCGGAACCGGGAAAGUCCAAAGUGGGCGUGAGGAACAAGGGAAGAGUAUUUGGAAAGUACCAGAUUGAGCUGCGGAAAACAGUUUUCUGGAUGGGAAUGAAAAGGACGAAGACAAAGGAAUAAGAGAUGGCAUGCAAACUGUACCCUAAAGGAUAAAUCCAAUGCAAGCGUUGUAAAAAUGCUUAAAGAGAAAGCACAGCUCUGGAAACCAACUCGAGGUUAAAAUCUAACAAAAAAUACGCAUGGAAAAUGGAGAAGUGUGCUCACAUUAAAAAAUGAAAGGAUGUCACGACCAGUGUUCAUACUGCUGUCAGUGCUGUUAGUUCAAGGAAGAGGGUGUGAUUACUUUAUGAAAAAUCUUCUGAGCAUCAUGGAAAAUGAACAUGGCAAAUUCCGUAAGGUUUUUCCUAUAGAUUAUAAAGUCACGCACCAUUACAAUGACAGUCUACUGUCCGGCAGUGAUCCAUGCCGUAUGGUCAGUGUUGCAUAUAUGUUGUCGGAUUCCUGGGCCCAGCUCCGUAUAAACCUGUGGGAAGAAAACAUUCAUAAUUCGUUCAUCAUGCAGCUGGUGGAAAAGCUAGACAAUAUUUUCAGUGGGAAAUUACAGAAGUUGCCGGAUCCCUCUGUUUUCCCUCCUGUGUCCUCCACACCGGAAGCCCUUCUUGGCUUCACCUCGGCCUUUUUUUCAACAUGGUUGAAGGAACGAUGCCCCUCUCCUGUGGAGCCCUGUGUGUUCCCUUCUCCCACAAGUUUCCACAAAGAGGGAAAGAGAAGUAAUCAUGCACCCUUCAACGCCACCCUGGACGAAAUGGAGGGAGGGAAAAGACCUCAGCGGAGUGAAGUACCCCCAACUAGUCUCGCUACAACGACACAUCCUUCAUACAUUUUUUGGUGUUUUCCUCUGCUCUGGACUGUACUGUAGACUAUAGCUAUGCUUUAUACAGGAACACUUUGGACUCAGAUCAGUAGUUGGAAAAUGGCAGACCAACCAGGAAGUGUAGACAGGAGACCAAAAAAUAUUUAGUAUUUUCUGCUCUUUGGCACGGUUCAUAUUUGUAGUGUGAGGGUUGCGCAUUGUGCAGUUGCGGCCAAGGAAAAUUAAGUUUAAAGAAAAAUGCAACAUAAAUAGCCAGUGAUUCAUAAAGCAACCAGCCCAGCAAUGACAUGGCCAACAGUAACCCUCCCAUAAGUAAACAUGAAAUUAGAUGAGAGUACAGAGGUUAAAAGGCAUAUAAAGUGCAAGUCAAGGGGCUGAUAACACAUGGCUUUCAAGUUCAUAGUAGAACACCACAUUCCAAAUGGUAUGUACUGGGGGCCUGAAGAGAACUGGGCUUGUUACCAGAAGUUUGCAACCAAGAGACGUGAUCCAUAGGUAGACACGUUUUCCACCUAUGACACUGAUGAUGCACCAUGAACAAAUAGCCUAACCAGAGUUUCUCCUAUUAAUAUAGGAUGACGGAGUGUAGCACAGUGGGUAAGGAACUGGACUUGUAACCGAAAGGUCGCAGGUUCGAUUCCCGGGUAGGACACUGCUGUUGUACCCUUGAGCAAGGUACUUAACUGAAAUUGCUUCAGUAUAUAUAUCCAGCUGUAUAAAUGGAUACAAUGUAAAAUGCUAUGUAAAAAAGUUGUGUAAGUCGCUCUGGAUAAGAGCGUCUGCUAAAUGCCUGUAAUGUAAUAUGUAAUAUAAUGUAAUAUCAGUGUGUCAAACCAUAUAGCAUAUUUUCAAACGUGUGAGCAAUGACACUGAUGAAUGUGGCUGAGAGCCCCGCGGUGUGGUGCACUUCUGACCAUGUAAUCUCCCAGAGAUGCUACAUUUCAGUCGGCAGUGUUGUCUCGAUGUCUCGCUGUGCGUCGCGACUGCUCUGCUCGAGCAGGCACCUACAGUCUGUCUUGCAUCAGCUGAGCAGGAAGUGCUGGCCUCCAAUACAAUGACUGACACGGCUUGGCUGGUGGACUGGCUGCAUGCAUUUCACAGGAGCCUCUUCUUGUUAUGUAAAUGCAUCAUUCUUGUUCUGUAUUUUUUUUGCACAUAUGAAAUGAGCUGUGCAGGACUAAAAGGCGUUGGUAUUGAGUGAGAGAUUUCAGUGUAUUGCAUAUACUUUCACCAAUUUUUUAUUUUUUUUGGAUUCUGUUUUUCAGCAUGAAGGUCUAAUCCUAUUUUUGACUAACAGUUACUAUAAUCUGUGAAUACUCAUGUGAAGCAAGUGUCUUUUACAUUACCUAUAAAUGCUUCUUGUGAUGGUGUUUGGGAAAUCUUGAAAAAAAAACCCUAAAUGCCUGAAAAUCCACCUGGAUGAUGGACUAAAAUAUGACAGGUGAUUUAUGAAUUCCA